AUUUCCUCCCCUUGAUCAAGCUGGGGUGGAUCUCCUGGUUAUCUUUGUUCUCAGCGCGUUGUUACGCGCCAUAGGCCGCCGACACUCCAACCAAUACACCCUCGGUUUCAUGUCUUGACUCUGACGGUUUUGAUAUUCGAAAAAUCGUGCUUCGUUGACAAUAUGAGACGAUAUGGAUGCUUCGUCAGACGACUUUCCUAAUACUGCCUUAUCUUUAUAUCAAGAGGGAUAGAUGCCUUGGGAUAUUCGGAAGAAGGUUAGACGACUUCUUCCAAGCUUGUCAUGUCGCAAGGAUCACUAUCUACUGCACCUCCCACAUCUUCUACGAUGGAGAAACGCUCUAGUUUCGAACGAAUAAGUGGCGACGUCGUUGGAAACAGCAAGUCAGACCUCGGCAUCUCACCGAAAUCGGAACAGCCGCAGGCUCUGGAAGAUGAAGUAAUAGUAGUAUCCCAAGAGGAGCUGCGUAAAAUUCAUCGAAAGAUAGAUAAACGAAUUCUACCUUGGCUCUGUAUAACUUACCUUGUCAUGCGUAUCGACGUGAAUAAUAUAUCCAACGCCGCCAUCCUGAAUGAAGAACAGGGUGACGAUAUCAAAACUCAGCUCAAGUUGACGGCGCAGAAUUGGGCUUGGGCCAUUGCGUGUUUCUAUUAUCCGUAUGGAUUUUUAGAGCCGAUCUCUACUAUGUUUAUCAAAAGCACGACGCCAAGCUUUUGGAUUGGACGAAUCAUGGUUACCUGGGGGAUCAUCGUCUGUUGCAUCGCCGCUGUGCAGAACUAUGCUGGCUUGAUAUCGACUAGGGUUUUGCUCGGUGCUGCCGAAGCAGGAUACUAUCCUGGCGUUAUAUACUAUCUCGCAUUUUGGUUCAAACCAGAGGAACUUGCAUUGCGAGUAGCUGUAUUCUAUUCGUUUGGUCAAGUCAGCGGCUUCGUCGGAGGAUUCCUCGCGUUCGCGGUAUCUUUUGCCAAUGGGGUACUACCUGGCUGGAGGUGGCUUUUUAUCAUCGAGGGCAUUCCAGCAAUCCUAAUGGGCAUCACCACGUUCUUCAUCCUUCCGGACUUCCCCCAGACAGCGAAAUUUCUACACCAUCGCGAACGGGAUGUGAUCAUUCAAAGACUCUCAAAUGGCGCCCCUUCAAAGAUGGCUAAGACGUGGGAUAAAGACCAAGUUCUUCGAUUAUUAGCGGAUCCGACGUUUUGGACUUUUUCUGCGACGUGGUUUUGUCAUGCGAUUGGAGGAUUUGGUUUGUCCUAUGUCUUGCCCACGGUUAUAUACGAUCUUGGCUUCACCACAACGGCACUGAGCAACGUACUUUCCAUGCCACCUUCGCUUGCUACGUUUGUUCUGUUGAACGUACUAGGGUGGUUGGUUCAAAUGAGAAAAUGGAAUCCGUACUGGGUUGCUAUGGGACUGGAAAUUGUGAACAUCAUCUGUUACGUUCUACUUCUAACAGUCGACGUCGUCGUUGUCCGGUAUCUCGCUCUACUCGUCUCAACAGCAACAGCUGGCUCUGUGUACCCGAUUUUAUGGCCCAACCGAGUCAAAGCAGCUCAUGGGACUACCGCAGCUGGAAUCGCGAUCGGUAUAACGAAUGCUGUCGCGCAGUUUUCUGGCAUUCUUGGACCACAAGUGUUUUUAUCCGUAUAUGGCCCAACAUACAGAGUCUCGUUCCUAAUUUGUGUUGGACUUUUGGCCGGUGCGGUGGUUUUCAUUGCGAUGUCAGGCGCUUUACUUGGAGAAUUGGGACUGGAUAAAUUCGAAUUUUGGAGAACAGAGAAUACUCAGAUGGAGGGUAGUGAACCGGAUAUGAUGGACAAGGACAAUUCGUUAUAUUCGAGUUGA